AUGCCUACAUGUUUGCGCUUUCUCUUCUCUGAUCUCUUAGUGUUGUUCCUUCUUUUACUCACGGCAUCUUUGUCUUCUCCACAACCAUUUUGUCAUCAAGAUGAGAGCUUAGCUCUUAUGCAAUUCAAGGAUAGCUUUAUCAUACACAAAGAUACUUUUUGGUCUUGCCAUCCCAAGGCUACAUCAUGGAGUGUAGAAGCAGAGCAUGGUAGAUCAGAUUGCUGCUCAUGGGAAGGGGUUGAGUGCAACCCCCACACAGGUCACGUUAUUGGCCUUGACCUUAGUGACAGCUGUCUCUAUGGUUCUAUCAACUCCAACAACAGCCUCUUCCGCCUUUCUCAUCUUCAGAGCCUUAAUCUUGCUUUAAAUGACUUCAAUUACUCUAAAAUCUCAUCUACAAUUGGCAAUCUUUCAUGGCUAACAUAUCUUAAUCUCAGCCACUCUUAUAUUGCAGAAGAAGUCCCCUCCGAAGUUUCAUACCUCUCCAAGUUGUCGUCUCUCGAUUUAUCUUCCAAUUCUAAUUUAAUUAUUGGAAAUCUCACAAGGUUAGUCCAAAACCUAACCCGCCUCGAAGAGAUUGUUCUUAGUGGAGUCAUGAUAUCGUCCAUAGUACCUGAAAGCUUGGCAAAUUCUUCUUCUUUGAAGACUCUAAAGCUAGAAGGUUGUGGAUUGUACGGGAAGUUUCCAACUAGAAUAUUUCAGCUACCACAACUACGGGACCUUUCGAUAGGAACCAAUGAAGAUCUCACUGGUCAGUUGCCCGAAUUUCAUUCCAGCACUAUCCUUCAAGUUUUAUCUCUUUCUGAAACAAGUUUCUAUGGUAAACUACUGACUUCAAUUGGAAACCUGAAUUCCUUAGAGAUCUUAGAUAUUGCUUAUUGCAAUUUCUCUAGAUCGAUCCCAAAUUCUCUCUGGAACCUUACCCAACUCACUGAUCUAGACCUCUCAGGGAACUCGUUCGAUGAUUCGUCAUGCCUCACCAAAGCCAGUUCUAAUCACACUUUUCCAUGUUUACAAUAUUUAUAUUCUCUAACUUAA